AUGACUGGUUUAUCUUCUGUUAUGCUUAUUUCAGGCUUGAAGAGAUAUUCCCUUGAAAAAUCCGAUGGCUCUUGGACUCAUAUUGAUAACAAGGAUGGCCUCAAUAUAACCGCUGACACAUUGGACUUGAUAAUCCAGAUCAACGUGAAGUCUACCCUGUUGAGAAAAAUUGAUGUCAAGCGUUCCAUUAUUGAGGCGCUUUGUCAUAAAGUAUCAAAGCAAGUGAAAAUCUAUACAAAAGGAUCCAUUAUCGGAUUUCAAUUUUAUGAUUUUGGAUUUAAAGAGUCAAAAUUGCAAGUUAAUUUUUCCAUUCAUGAAGAUGCUGUGAGAUUUAAAAAUUUUUUUGAACUUUAUCCACAACAAUUUGAUAUUAUUGAUUACAAUGAUAACACCAGAAUUUCUGCUUCUGUUCCCCAUUUUGCGCCCAAAAUGGGAAGCCAGGCUAUAGUGAAAGAUGUGAGAGACGUAGAGCGGCAAAUCAAUUUGACUGAUCAUUUUUCUCGGGUAGAUAGUUCAACUAAGAAUCUUUCAAAUAACAUGGUAAUUACUGAUGAUGGUUGGAAAGGCUCUGCUACCAGUAAUAGAUUAUCUGGCAAAACUUUCCAUGGUGGUGACAUUUCUGGUAGAAUUAAAAACUAUUCAAAAAUCAAAACCGGCACCAUCCAGAAUUUUGCUGUAUGUGCAGUUGCUCAAUAUCCUACAGUUACAGUAGACAAUGACAAUCUUUCUGGAAAAUCUUCUAUGGAAAAUGCACCGUCGUCUUGGGACAAUAUAUCGUAUGGCUCAAUUAAUACAAGUCAAUCAACCAUCAUGAAAAAUUUUUCUCUGGAUAGAUCAGGAGAAAUUGCUCACGACAACAGUUUCCCAUCACAGAAUCUUCUUCAAGAACUUGCUGAACAAAAAGCAGAGAUUGAAAAAUUGAAAAUCGGUUUACAGAGUCAAGCUUCACAAAUUCAAAGUCAACCAUCCAUUGCAAACGAAGAGUCAUCAGUAAAUUAUGUACAGCAUCAAGUUUCUCAGUCUUCAAAUUUUCUAAAUGAUAUAACCAAUUUCCUUAAUCCCAAUGACUCAAGCACCAAGAAAAGUAAUGAUCCGAAGAAACUUGACUGUACACAGUUUUUAUCGCUUGAUGAUGAAACAAUCAAAAAAAUUGUACUAGAAUGCAUUAGCAAUCCAGCAUUCAAAAUUUUUUAUGAGAAAAUGAGAAAUCUAAUAUCAGAAGAAGCAAACUGA